UAUAUCCCCUCCGUUCCACCAUAGUCUACACGCAAAGCACACACACGCACGCACGCUUUUUCAUUUGAUCUCCAGCUUUUCCAUGGAAACCCAAGUCCCAAAUCCGUCGUCAAAGCCACCCAAAGAUUAUCGCUCCAACGUCGACACUUCCCGUCCUUUCCGCUCAGUCAAAGAAGCCGUUGCUGUCUUCGGUGAGCGGCUUCUCGUUGGAGAGAUAUAUACUCCAAAGCCUUACACUUACAGUCGCCCUCCUAGCCAAGAGAUCACAUGGUUUUCACCCAGUCCCCUAAGCCGUAAAGAAGAUGACCAGGAGAGUAUCCAUCAUCAAGGGGUUCUUGAUACCUUAAAGAAGCUCGAGACUGAGCUGGAGGAAACAAAGGCCGAGUUGAAGCUGCUGAAGGAGAGAGAAUCCGAAACCGAAGUUGCGUUGGCUUCACUUAAUGCUGAACUUCACAAGAACAUGUCAAAGUUGGCUAGAGCUGAGGCGGCGGCAGCUAAAAUGGCGGCGGAGACAACAACACCCAGAACUGUGAGUAUGGAGAUGGGAAAUAAAUCAGAAGAUAGAGCGAGAGAGGAAGAGAGAAGAAAGGAGUUGAUGAAAAGAAUGGAGAAUAACCCAACCUUGUCUCAGAUACUGAGUAUAGGUGAGAAAGAAGGGUAUUUCGGAGGGAAAAGAGAAAGGAAGUUGAUGAAGAAGAAACCCAUUGUUCCUUUGGUUGGAGAUUGGCUUUUCAAGAAGAAAGGCUCCCCCACUACUCUUCACAAUCCUCUUUAUGCCUCCUGAAAUGCAUGUUAAUUAAACAAGAAAAAAGAUCACCAUCCAUCUCAUAAAAAUGUCUGUUUUACUUGGGUUUUUUCUUCUUCUUCUCAUUUAAUGUAUUAUUAUCUUCGUAAUUUGGUCGUAUAAAGGUAAAAAUUAUGGGAGUUCAUGUGUAACAUAUGGAGAGAGGGUGUUUGUAUUUGUCCAAUGUAAUUAAAGAAAUUUAUCAGUGUUUCGUUGUUCA